GGGAGGGAGUUGGCAGUGUGUCAGGACUGGAGCCACUGUGCCUCAGCAGCGGCAGAGCUGACGCACUAAAACCCAGACGGAGAGGGAUAAGGGAAGGGCACACAGAGAGAGAGAGAGAGAGCGGGCGAGAAACCCCAGUGGCCAUACGGAUGGGGCAGUGUUUAUUUUGACGAGGCAGACUGGAUUUCACUACGGGUUAGCGGCUGCAGUUUAGAACAAGGCACUCCCCCUCUGGACUCUGCAUGUGAGUGUGUAUUCUCUCUCCCUCUCUCUGUCUCUCUGUCUCUGUCUCUCUCUGUGUGUGUGUGUAUAUAUAUAUAUAUAUAUAUAUAUAUAUAUAUGAGGGAGAAGUGCUUCAUUGCAGCAGGACUCUGCCUUGUACACAGUAGCCAGAAAACCUACCAUAUAUUUUUCUGUGUGGACUUCCCCACUUCUUCCUCUGUGUGGUUCUGUGGAUGCGCUCGAUGCGGCUCAAGGUGACUCAGGAUUCCCGAGCCAGCCCCAGGGAGCAUCCGAACUGGAUCCCUAGACCUCCAGGGACAAGUGGGCUGAAGCUUCCUCUCUACCUCCACCUGGAAGUGGAGUUGGACUGCGGAGAGGACCGUAGGAUAGUCGGGAGGAUGUGAGGCCUUGACAGCAGCUGUUAUCCACCACCAGGCCUACUAGACCAGUCCAGCCCUGUGGGGGGGCAAGGGAAUGGGCCCAGUUUCACUGCAGGUGGAGACUGAACAGGAGCAGAAGCCAGAGAGAGAAAUGGAUUGCUACCAUAGUCUUCUACAGGCUGGCUCUCAGCUGGAGAACACACUGCAGCAAGUGUCAGUCUCUAUGAGUAUGAAGGAGGUGGAUGGCUACAUUGAGAAGCAGGUGGCCUACCUGUCAGGGGGGCGUGGUGAGGACUCAAGCGUGAUCGUGACCCUCCCAGAAUACUCGGCUUUCAGCGACAUUCCGGAGGAAUCUUUAGCCAAAGUCUUAACAUACCUCACCCUCAUACCUCGAGCAAGACAGCCAGGUGUAAAAUUCAUCAUCAUUUUAGACAGAAGACUGGAUACAUGGACCUCUAUCAAAACAGCACUUGCCCGAAUUGCGGCCUCCUUCCCUGGGAACCUCCACCUGGUGCUGGUGCUGAGACCCACCAGCUUCUUCCAGCGCACCGUCACAGACCUGGGCUUCCGUUUCAGUCAGGAGGACUUCAUGCUCAAGAUGCCAGUGGUGAUGCUGAGCUCUGUGACAGACCUACUGAGAUAUGUUGAUGAGAACCAACUGACCUCUGAGUUUGGUGGAACCCUGGACUACUGCCACAGUGACUGGAUCGUUCUAAGAACAGCCAUAGAGAGCUUUGCGGUGACAGUUAAGGACAUAGCUCAGAUGCUGCAGGCGUUUGGCACAGAGCUGGCUGAGACCAAACUGCCAGCUGAGGGAACCGCCAUCAUGCGCCUCCUCUCAACCCACACUGACAAGUACAGGAAACUCAAGGAAGCGAUACGGUCAGUAUCAAAGGAGGGUCGUCACCUGCUGGCUAGCCUGGAGGCCUCGGGGAGAGAGGAGGAUUCACUUUGGGAUGUCAGGCUGGACUGGGAGACUGUGCAGAGGCUACUAGCUCAGCUGAGGGGCAUGGAGUCAGCCUUUGACGGCUUCUUUGAGAAGCAUCAUCUAAAACUGCAACAGUACUUACAGCUGCUCAGAUACGAACAUCGCUUCCAGGAGAUGGAGUUGUCUCUGGAGCAUCUGGCGUCCCAGGAGAGAGAGAUGUCGUCGUCAGGGGAGAAGCUGACUCAGACAGAGCAGACACUCAGAGACCUGGACAUCCUGGAGGCUCACGCACAGGAGGAGAUGGUCAGUGCCCAGAUCAUCAUUCUCCAUGGGCACCAGCUGGCAGCCAGUCACCACUAUGCCAUGGCCCUGAUCUUGCAGCGCGGCAACGAGCUACGUCACCGCUGUGACACGCUCAGUAAUGCUCUGAGAGUGAAACGCGCACACCUCUCCCGGGCCCACCGGCUGCUGCUACGCCUCGGCCAGGCCCAGAGUUGGUGUGACGAUGGGGCCUACUUGUUGGCUCAGCAGCUGGUGGAUAAGUUCCAGUCUAAGGAGGGGGCCCAGGCUGCUUUGAAGGACAUGGAUAGAUUCCUGGAGGGGGCUCCGUCUCUUCUCAGCUCAGGACCUGACCUCCUGGCUGUGGAGUUUGAGUCUGUCCUCACCCCAGAGAUACAGGUCCAGAUAGGGGAAACAUUUGAGAAGCACACGGUGGUGCAGGAGAUGAUCCACAACAGGCAGGUCUGUCUGAGGAAGCUGGCUGAUAAACACGUCCGUCCCAUCCAACUAGUGGCCCCCAGGGCGGAGAGCCCGCCCCGCUCCAAGUCCCCACUCUUUUCCCCCAAACAUGGUGUCGACGGUUUGAAGUUCUCCUUCGAUCUGUCACUCCCUGGGAAGAGGACGUCCCGGAAAAGCCCCGCCUCCAGAAAGAUCGAGGUGAUGCAUGACUACCAGGAGAAUAGGAGCUCCCUGCUCUCCAGCCUGGAAGGAGAGGACAGCCCAGACCUUCUCAAACGUCACGUGAUGAGGGAGCUGAUUGAGACAGAGAGGGUCUAUGUGGAGGAGCUGCUGUCAGUGCUGCUGGGUUACAGGGGAGAGAUGGAGAACCCGGCCCUCGCGGGGCUCUUGCCCCCCAUCCUGCGCAGUAAAAGGAACGUCCUGUUUGGCAACAUGCCUGAGAUCUACAACUUCCACAGCAGGGUGUUCCUCCAUGACCUGGAGGGCUGCCUAGAGACCCCAGAGGGAGUAGGGGCCUGUUUUCUGGAGCGGAAGGAGAAUUUCAAGGUGUAUGAGUGCUACUGUCAGAAUAAGCCUCGCUCAGAGUCACUAUGGAGGCAGUACUCGGACUGUGCCUUUUUCCAGGAGUGUCAGAAGAAGCUGGAGCACAAACUUGGUCUGGACUCUUACCUGCUGAAACCAGUACAACGCCUCACCAAAUACCAGCUACUACUGAAGGAGCUACUGAAGUACAGUGCAGGAGGCUGUGAGGGGACCUCCGAACUACAGGCGGCGCUAGCAGCCAUGCUCCACCUCCUCAAGUCAGUCAAUGACUCCAUGCAUCAGAUAGCCAUCACAGGCUACCAGGGAGAGUUGUGUGACCUGGGCCGGGUGCUGAUGCAGGGCUCCUUCAGUGUGUGGAUCAGCCAUAAGAAAGGCCCCACCCGUAUGAAGGAGCUGGCCCGCUUCAAGCCCACGCAGAGACACCUGUUCCUGUAUGAGAGAGCCCUGCUUUUCUGCAAGUGCAGGGAGGAGCAUGGAGAGGGAGCAGACAAGACUCCCUCCUACAGCUUCAAGCACUGUCUGAAGAUGAGUGCGGUGGGGAUUACAGAGAACGUCAAGGGAGAUGUGAAGAAGUUUGAGAUCUGGUACAGUGGCAGGGAGGAGGUGUACGCCGUUCAGGCUCCCACAGUGGAGGUUAAGACAGCUUGGCUCGGGGAGCUGCGGAGGAUCCUCACCAACCAGCAGAAACACCUCAAAGAUGAGCGUUGUGUCGACAUCCAGAUGCCAGACCACAUCCGACGGUCCCCGCCCAUGUCUGAGAGGGGUGUGCGGCCGUCCGGAGGGGCUCAUACGGGCUGUCUUUCGGGGCUGGACUUUGUCUCGCUGUCCUCCGAUGUCUUUGUGUGUCUGCGUUCCCGGAAUCCCCGCCCUCGAAGCCCCCGGCCACGCCCCCGGCCACGCCCCCUAACAGACCCCGCCCCCAACGCCACUGACCCGUCCUGACGCUCAGUGGUAAAAUCAGCCCAGCUCCGCAUGCCCAGGCCCGGCUUGGCAUGGCUCAGCUGACCUAAACCACCCACCAGGCUGCUGUGUUUGCAUACUGACCGUCAUCUGCCUCUCCUUUACUAGGCGUCUCCAUUCGGCUCAUACAUUCACCAGACGCACGUUUCCUCAUGUCUUUUGAUGUCCCAGCAGACCUUCCAUCUCAGACAUGCUCCCCAAAAUGACUACAUCCAUCUUUGCAUGGGAUUUGCAAUUUUGUAUGGAAUGCCCCAAAAACAAUCAAAG